CUCUUCCUCUACUUCAAUCUCUUCCACCAGAGAGAGAAAUUGUCUCUUUCUCCACUCCUCAAAAACCCUCAGAUCUGUGGCCUACAAUUGCUACGGGAUGGAGACAAGCAGAUUUAGAGAUGGAUUUCCGGUGAUGGAGUGAGAUGGAUGAAGAAACCUAUAGCUACUGGAGAUGGAGAUCGAAAUGGGAGGUGAUGGUCAAUGAUGAUGAUGGUGGUGACGGUGAUGAUGCGAAUGGUGUUGUUACGGGAUGGAGACAAGCAGAUUUAGAGAUGGAUUUCCGGCGAUGGAGUGAGAUGGAUGAAGAAACCUAUAGCUACUGGAGAUGGAUAUCGAAACGGGAGGUGAUGGUCAAUGAUGAUGAUGGUGGUGACGGUGAUGAUGCGAAUGGUG